CAACCUCAUGGCCAAUUGGGUAGUCUUCGUUCCAACACUAAACCCAGUUCCGGUGUCGUCUUCUUCGUCAUAAUCCCAUCUUGUUGUGGUCUUCGAAAUAUCCUCUGCCACAGACUCAGAUCUCGCCAUAGCUCGAAGCAAACCGUGGAAUGUGAGAACCCAAAACUUAGCCUCCUUCUUUCACCGAGACUUUUUCCAGGCUCCAUCCCAUAGCCAAUCUCAUCUCAAGCUUCGUUAAUUUCAAGGGAAGCCAGCAAGUCUCUGAUUGGAAUUUCAUUUUCUCAUCACUUGUGUGUUGUAGUUGCAUCAUUUCAUAUUCUGAUGGUGUAGAGGUGGUGCGCACUGGAAGACGACGAGGUCUGUAUAUGUCCGUAUAUAUAUGUAUGUGAGAACAGUGUACAUUGAGAAAUUGUGAGCUGUAAUCGAAGCUUUGGCCAGUUAAUGGGGUCCUUUGUCGAGCUCGCAGAGAGCUUCUGAUCUUGGAGCCUCGGAUUAGACAUUUAUACCAGUUCAAGUGUCGGGAGUUCAACAUGUUGUUCCUGGUGCUCCUGGUGCUGCCACUGGUACUGCUGGCAUUGCAUUUCUUUCUCAGAGCUGACGCAGACUUCACUUUGAUGCUCAAAGGACCCACUCCCCGCAAAGCCAUAGAGAAUAAAGUGGUGUGGAUAGUUGGAGCUAGCCAGAACAUUGGGGAGGAGCUUGCCAAAGAGUACUCAAUACUCGGAGCCAAAGUUAUCCUAACAUCUCGUAGGCUAAACGAGUUGGAGCGAGUAAAGACGUCUUUGAAAGGACCCCAUGCAUCAAACGCGGUGGUAUUGCAAGGUGACAUUUCUGUGAGUGUGGAGCAACUAAAAGAUCUUGUACAACAAGCUGAAGCAGCCUUUGAGGGAUCUGGAAUCGAUAUCGUCGUGCAGAACGCUGCGUGUCCUCGACCCAAACUAGCAGCUGUGGAUUUUCCCGACGAUAUACUCCAGAGAACCUUUGAUGUCAAUGUUUUGGGUGUAAUUCGGCUCACUCAGCUCCUCCUUCCUGGCAUGCUUCGCAGAGGCAGGGGUCAUUUUGUGGUGGUGAGCAGCUCAGCUGCCAAGUUACCAUCUCCUGGCCAGACAGUCUACUCUGCAUCAAAACACGCAGUGAACGGAUUUUUCAAUUCUCUUCGCUCUGAGGUUCUCCAGAGUGGGGUGAAGGUCACAUUGGUCUGUCCUGGUCCCAUUGAAGUGGCGAGUAGUGAGACCGGGGAGCAGAAGAAAUUAGACAAGCGGGUUCCAGCUCAGAGAUGCGCGGAGCUUAUCGUUCGAGCUGGAGCUCAUGACUUGAUGGAAGCUUGGGUUAGCUAUCAGCCUAUUCUCCUGCUCCUGUAUGUGAUGCAGUACCUGCCUGCUCUUGCCUUCUACGUCAUCAAUAAGGUUGGACCCAGGCGUGUGAAAUCAUAUGCGGAAGGCUCUAGUGUGUAUAGCAUGGGCUUGUUGCUCAAGAAGUCUUCUUGAAUGUCCUUAGAAUUGCUGAACGGAUAUUUGAAGAGCUUAUCAGGGUUUUUAAUUCGGGAAAUGUGUUGGUAAUUGUCUUACGUAGAGUUUUUGUCUCACCUAGCAAAGUACUAAUGCGUCGAACUGCUGGAAUCUGUACUUAGUCCUGCAGUAAAAUUUUGUGAUCUUUGAAUAUUAGACUCGGAGGCAACGUGGAGAACAUAAAAACCACUCAUAGAAGCCGAUUCAUGAAAGCCAGAGCCGGUUCAUUUGCUAGGCUCCUUUUGAAAUGUCGAGGGGCUAUUAAGGCACCUAUUUGCAAGCUCGUAGAUAGCAUGGGUAUUUCUCUCAUACUCCUGAAGGCUUUGCACCUGAAGUCGAUUAGUACUUGGUUCGGGCCGGUCAGACACGGUUCAGUGCUACAUCAAACUCAAUCGUCAAGCCUAGUAUCAUUCAAUAGUUAGAAUUGAACACCAUAUAUUCAUCA